GAGCCUCGCGGCGGGCUGGCCAGGGGGCGGCACGGUCGGCCUGGCCUGGCAGUGGCCCGCCAGACCGGCCAGGGUGAGGCGGUGGUGUGCGUGACCCGCCGCGGCCCAGCGUGACCUGACCUCCCCCGCACGGCCCUUCCCCCGCCAUGACCUGAGAGGGCCGCCGGAUCAGUGGAUGAAGCAGUAUGCCCAGGAUAUCCACAGGAGGUGGAGGGGUGUCCCGGGCCGGCCCUGCAGCCGGGGGAACCUCUCACAGCUGGCGGGAGGUGCACCAGAGGGUCAGGGAGUUACGGCGCACAUUCCUCCACCUUUCCGUGAAGACUCCAACAGACGUGAGCUUCAGGCGUGUGAGUCCCACCACUCUGCGAUGUUACUUCCUGCUGUCUCCGGGCCAGGGCAGGGAGUCCACUCUGUUCUAUGCAGACAUCAACCUGGAAGCAGCGUGGGGUACCAGGAUAGUCUACCAGGAGGUGCUAGACUCCUCCCAGUCAUUUCUGUGGAGGCGCAUGUCCCGAGAGGAGCAGCUGUUGAGUGAGAGACGGCGCAUCUCCACAUGGGGCAUUACCAACUAUGAACUGCACCCCCCAUCAGGCACGCUGGUCUUCCCCGCCUCCUCCACCAUCUUCCAGUGUGUUCAUCCCGACAGGCCGAAUGGUCCUGUGAGCCCUCGUGAACUUCCCAGCUGCCAAGUUCGCCUCAGUCCUCAGAUCUGUCCUGCCAACCCCAACCUGAUCGCUUUUGCUGCAAUAUACGACAUCUAUUUGUACAACACGAAGACAGGUGAGGAGAAGAGGGUCACCCAUGUACACAGUGGCAGUGGACGCUUAGAAUAUGACCCCAAGAGUGCAGGCCUGCCUUCCUAUGUGAUGCAAGAGGAGUUUUCCCGCUACCAAGGCUUCUGGUGGCAGCCUGUAUCCACUGAUGGAGUGUACCGGCUUCUGUACGAGGAGGUGGAUGAGAGCGAGGUACCCAUUGUACAGUUCAUCCUCCCUGACGACUCACCCGGCAUGUUGGAUGAGUUCAGGUUUCCACGUGCCGGAAUGGCCAACGCAGAGUCCACCUUGAGGCUUCUCGAGGUGGAGAUUGGUGCCUCAGGGGAGCUGCGGGUCACCACUCGACACCUACGGCAUGACCUCAAGCAGCUGGCGCCGUGGCAUGAGUACUUGGUUCGCGUUGGCUGGGUGCCGGACGGGUCGCAAAUAUGGUGUCAGCUGCUCGAUAGGAGACAGCAAAGACUUGAGCUUAUCCUGCUCUCCUUGUCCUCCUUCACCGGGGUCAACAAUUCCCCCACCACCACCACCACCACCACCAACUGUGCUGCCACCAUCUCGACAACCACAGCUACCACCAACACUACCACCACCACCACCAAUACUACCCCGGUGGCCCCCCACUUGGCUCCGCAUCUCAUAAUUUCUCAACACUCCAAUACGUGGAUUGAUGUGCACAAUUUGCUGUACUGGUGGACGAGCCACAGCGACCCCUCACAGCGCAUGUUGGUGUGGGCAAGUGAGGAAACAGGGCAACGUCACCUCUACCUCCUCCUCUAUCAGCUGUCUCCGGCCACCACCUCAGAUGACCUGCCCCCACCGGAUGACCAGGGUCUGGUGACGGCUCAACUCAUACAGAAGAUUGCCCUUACCCGAGGCGAGUGGUCUGUCACAGGGUCGGGGCUUUGGGUGGACGAGGGGCGCGGUCUGGUCUACUUUACGGGGCUACGGGACUCCCCCCUGGAGCAACACCUCUACGUCACCUCCAUAUCCCAUCCCGGUCUAGUCCAGCGGCUCACACAAUCAGGGUUCUCCCACCAGGUCGCACUCAACCAGGAGUGUACCGUGUUCACCACAGUCUACAGCAGCGUGGAAAUGCCGUCACAGAGCCAGGUGUUCCGCGUCACGCCCCUCGACACCCCGAACGGCAGUGGUCAGCUAGUCUGGGUCAACACUUUAGGGGACCUGGUCAAUGAACCCAUGUCCGAGGGGCUGCGGGAGAUCAAGUCCUUGGUGGUUCCGGAGGUGUUCACAACAAGAAUAGGCAGCGGGGACGUCAUCUACUCCAUGGUCUUCAAGCCCCAUGGGUUUAUCCCUGGCCGCAAGUACCCAACAGUUCUGUGUAUCUACGGGGGACCCCAGGUGCAGCUCGUCACCAACACUUUCAAGGGUUUCCGGCAUAUGAGAACACACAUGCUUGCAGCCAAUGGGUUCUGCGUAGUCAGCAUAGACUCUCGUGGGUCCGACAACAGAGGCGUUUCUUUCCAGGCCCACCUUAUGAACAGGAUGGGGACGGUGGAGAUUGACGACCAGGUGGAGGUAUUGGAGUUGCUGGCGGGGCAGUGUGACUACCUUGACUUAAGCCGCCUGGCCGUCACUGGCUGGUCCUAUGGAGGGUACCUGUCCCUUAUGGCUCUAGCUCACCGUCCAGACCUCUUCAGGUUGGCCAUCGCUGGGGCUCCUGUGGUGUCCUGGGGGUUGUACGACACAGGGUACACGGAGCGAUACAUGGAUUUGCCGAGCGUCAACCCAGAGGGCUAUCGUGCAGGCUCCGUGCUCUCCUACGUCAACAACCUUCCAGAUGAUGAGAACCGUCUCCUCAUCGUCCAAGGAAUGAUUGACGAAAAUGUGCACUUCUCACACACGAACCAACUGAUUCAGGCGCUCAUCAAGGCAGGCAAACCGUACCAGUUACAGAUCUACCCUCAAGAGCGUCACUGCCUGCGACAACUGGACUCCAAUGAACACUACGAGACUAAGCUGCUCUCCUUCCUUCUUAACCACCUAUGAUGGAGAUGGAAGCUAGCUCUUUGUGUACAGUAUGUGUGUGUGCGUGUGUGUGUGAAUGUGCAUAAGGGCACAUGCAUAGCCUUGCCAACCUCUACCCUGCUGCCCAGACCCACCUUGUCAUGGUCAAAACCUCACAAGUAUUAAGUAACAGGAGCGCAAGGCUUUGAAGACCCGUGACAAUGGACGCAUAACAAUGUAACUUUGUGAGCUGCAUCAGGGGUAUUGAUGCUGUGGGCUGAACGAUGACUGGCUCUCCCCUUCUAACUCUUUACUAUUGACUCUUCAGUGUUGGUAUGCUAACUUUUGCCGUUCCCUGGCGACGGACGCGGCACCUGAUGACGGUGUAAUCCACGAUCCUUGUCCACAUCUGUGCCGGUAUUUAGUGUAAGGUAAAGCUUGGGGCACACACUAUAGGUGCGUGUGACCACAGUGCUCAUCUCUGUCACCUUGAUCCUUGACCCUAUGAUGGGAAGAAGCCAUUAACCCCGGGCCAGUGUGACAUAUUGGUUACUGUGGUUCCCUAGACUUCACAAAGCACACAUUUAUUCAUCAACCUGAGUGAACAGCUGGAUGAGGUGAACGCAAGCAAACACAAACAUUGCUACCGACGCAUCGAUGAUCAUGAACAGUUGUCGCGCAGCCGAGCCGGGCCGGUUGAUGGUGUGACGCUGGGUGACCGGCGGGGAGUGAUGGAUGGACAUUUUUAGUGUUUUGGGCUUGUUCUGUGAAGCUUUAGAAAAAGAAUUUUAUGUGUUGUUCAAUGAAAGUGACUUUUA